UCCUCCCUUUAUUCUAUGAAUUUUCUCUGAAAAUUGUUGCUGAAAGAGAAAUAUCCACUGUAGUCAAAAUUAGAAGCAAUGGAGAUAUAUAGACAAUUCUAGCCUGUAGUCAUGAGAUUCACUAGCUAUCACUUGCUAUUCCAUAUCUUAAAUUCUCUGCAGAGUUACAUAUUAACUAUCUAGAAUGCUUGUGGAUUAUAAAAUGAAUGUUAAAUUAUCUAUUUCUGUUCUUCUCAAAUGCAGAGUCCUCCCAAGGGAUCCUGUGGAUAUUUGUUUCCUGCCCCUCCUUUUUCUGCCAUGGACAAUUUCAACUUCUCCACCACAGUGGCUUUUUGGGAAGAAAAUUCAACAACUUCUGGUACAGCCUUUCUUUCUGGAAAUUUAUCCCUAGCUUCUAGUCUAGGUCUAGAUAUUAGUGGUGUCCUUAUUCCUCUGGUAUAUCUCAUUGUCUGUGUUGUAGGACUAGCUGGAAAUUCUCUAGUCAUUUACGUGGUUUUGUGUCAUUCAGUGAGUGAAUCAGUGACUAACAUCUAUAUCUUCAACUUGGCCCUGGCAGAUGAACUCUUUAUGCUUGGCCUACCCUUCUUGGCAGCACAAAAUGCUUUAUCAUAUUGGCCUUUUGGCUCAUUUAUGUGCCGUCUAGUGAUGGCUGUGGAUGCCAUAAACCAAUUUACUAGUAUUUUCUGCCUCACCGUGAUGAGCAUUGACCGCUAUCUGGCUGUGGUGCACCCUGUGAAAUCCUCAAAAUGGCGGACAGUCCGAGUCGCUAAGACGGUCAGUGCCACUGUGUGGGUAAUCUCAUUUGUGGUGGUGCUGCCUGUUGUAGUGUUUUCACAAGUCCCUCAUGGUAUGAGUACAUGCCACAUUAAAUGGCCUGAGCCUGCUUCAGUAUGGAAAGCUGGUUUCAUCAUCUACACAGCUACCCUUGGCUUCUUUGGGCCACUGCUGGUUAUCUGCUUGUGUUACCUGCUUAUUGUUGUCAAGGUUCGUUCAUCAGGAAGAAAGGUGCGAGCACUGACUGCUAAACGCAAACGCUCUGAACGGAGGAUCACACGCAUGGUAGUAAUUGUGGUAGCAGUCUUUGUACUCUGUUGGCUACCUUUCUAUAUGCUCAACAUCAUCAAUGUCAUCUGGACUCUGCCUGAGGAGCCAUCACUCUUUGGUAUUUACUUUCUGGUUGUUGUCCUGCCCUACGCCAACAGUUGCACCAAUCCCAUCAUCUAUGGCUUCCUCUCCUAUCGGUUCAAGCAGGGUUUUCGCAAAGCAAUCUUGAGACCCUCCCGCCGAGUGCAGAACCAAGAAGUAGCCAUGGCAACAACUGCAGAUAAUAUGGAAGAAGAGGAAGAGAGGAAGGAAGAAGAAGAAGAAAUGUUAGCUAAAGUAAAGGAGGUCAGCAAGAUUACCCAAAAUGGUAAUGGAGGACAGCAAGAGAGUGAACCAGCCAGUGAGCCAGGAAGAGACAGUGAACACAAGCCAAACACUGAAGAGCCCAUAAGUGGUGAGAAGCCCACCAUAGUUAACAUCAGCUGUUUAUAGUGAUUGGGAAAUGGAGCUCUCUGUCUUUCUCCUGAAAUUGCCUGGCAGAGACUCAUGUUAAUAAUAUAUUUUUUAAAAGAAUAAUUCAUAAAUUAAGGAGUUUUAUAGUAACAAUCAGUCCUGUGAUGUCUUUUUGAAAGAAAGUACUCUACUAACAUGACCAUAACUUUUUCUAUAAAACAGAAUAACUGAACAGAAUGGUAUUUCUGAGAACAGAGUCGACCCAUCAUUAAGGUUAGAAGUAGGGAUAAAGCUGUCUUUGUUCUUUGCAAAUGCUCAGAGAUUGAUAAUUGGAAUCAUCUGUCAAGCAAAAGUUCAACUAAAUAUCCCAGCCCCUCUAGGGAGAACAGACCUAGAAAUGCACUCCACAGGAAUGCUAAAGCUACUUUUAUUGAGUUCAGCUACAACAACAGUAGCUUGCAUGUGUGGUU